AUGAAGCGAUAUCUACUUAUUAGAAAUGAACUAAAAGGUAUGGAUUCCGGCAAGGAUCCUAGUGUUCUAGUUAUUUCUCAAUUACUUACCAAUGAAAUCGAAGCCAUAUGGGAAAAUGCCUCAGUUCCCACUGUAUCAAGCAAUCGUAUUAUUCGAUUAAUUCGUGAUAUCCUGAAAAAGGUUGGAGAUAAACUUCAUCGCAAGAUAAAAACCGAAGAACACAUUUCGUUACUUGAAGAACCAGGUUUUAAAUAUCUUAAUCACAUAACUCCAACGUCAGUUACAGGAAGACAUAUUGCCACAUCUAUAUUAAAUUUUUUUGAAGAAUCCGGUAUUGGCACAGGUAAUCUUUUAGUAGUAGGCUGCGACGGUACAGCAGUCAACACUGGGAGGAAGAAUGGAGUUUUACUGUUUUUAAAGAUAGAACUGAAACGUUCUCUGCAGUGGUCAAUUUGUCUGUUACACAUGAAUGAAUUGCCCCUCCGGCAUAUCUUUCAAUAUAUCGAUGGAAAAACUUCGGGACCUCGUAAAUACUCUGGCAAUAUAGGCAAACUAUUGGAGUCUUGCGAAAAUUUGCCAGUAAUCCAUUUUGUUCCUAUUCAUACCACUCUACCACAAUUAGAUGCUGCAGUUAUAAGGGACCUUAGCAGUGAUCAAAAGUACUUAUACGAAAUUUAUCAAUUGGUUUCUAAUGGAAAGUGCUCGAUAGAUUUAGCAACUCGUAAUCUGUGUAAAUUAUCACAUGCACGAUGGGUUACAAAGGCAAAUCGUAUAUUGCGUGUUUACGUCAGAAGUGAAAAUCCUUCUUUGGUUUUAAGAUCUUUGGCUCAAUUUGUGGUAAAAGUUUAUGAGCCAGUGUGGUUUAAUAUUAAAGCAAAGAUAUCGUGUAGUGAAGAAGCAAGACACGUCUUUAAAAUGAUUCAAUUGUCACGCUACCUGAGCAACGACUUGAAAGCCGUCAUUGAACCUGUUAUCAAAAGAAUUUCAUAUUUUUGUCAUUCGGAGAACCUUCUUCUAGCAGUGCUUUCUGAUGAUCGUCCUGCCAUAAGACAACUUGCCUUACGCAAAAUGUUGAAGACGCACACAAAAAUACCUACUUUGAACACGAAUGAAAGAGAAUUUCUAAAUUCUGAUUUAAAUUUCAAUGCUAGUGAAUAUUAUAAACUUAUUAAUUCUCAAAAUUGCUCUGUUACAAUGCCUCCCCUUUUAUGUGCUACAACUGAUGAGGAUAUUAGAAAAUGUAUUAAUGUUGAAGAAAUUUUUCCAACAAAUUUUUUUUUAAAUUUAGAAAAAAUUAAAGUUUCUCAAAUUAGUAAAAAAUGA